GAGAGCACACUGCACAGCGAAACCGACCUGAAAAAUGGCGUUUCGCAGCUCUCUGCUACUUUCACAGAUUCUCUUCCUUUUCGUAGCCUUACCAUCUUCAUGGACAUCUGCGACUUCCACGAUUCAACAGACCUUCUUUCGUUGCCUUUCGACCAAUUCCAUGAACUCCAUUCCUCUUUCCACGUAUUACACCCCGAACAACGUCACUUCCUUCACAUCUGUCCUGAAUUCCACGGCGAACAACCUCCGGUAUUUGCUCCCGACCGCGCCGAAGCCCGUGAUCAUCUUCACCCCGCUGUGUGAGGCCCAUGUCCAGGCCGCUGUCCUCUGCUCGAGGCGGUUUGGGCUCGCCCUCCGCGUCAGGAGCGGGGGUCAUGACUACGAGGCAGUCUCCUAUGUGUCCCAGAUCGAGUCCCCCUUCCUCGUGCUCGACCUGGCCCGCCUCCGCUCCAUCCAGGUGGACAUCCGCCGGGGCACGGCGUGGGCUCAGGCAGGGGCCACGACCGGGGAGGUCUAUUACCGGAUUGCCCAGCAGAGCAGGGUCCACGGGUUCCCGAUGGGUCUGUGCGCCAGCUUGGGCGUCGGGGGCCACAUCACCGGCGGGGCCUAUGGGUCAAUGAUGAGGAUGUUUGGGCUUGGGGUGGACAACGUUAUCGACGUCAGGAUGGUCGACUCCAAGGGAAGGAUUCUUGACCGGAAGGCGAUGGGGGAGGAUCUGUUCUGGGCACUCAGGGGAGGCGGUGGAGGCAGUUUCGGCGUAAUCCUGGCUUGGAAUCUGAAAUUGGUCAAUGUGCCUGAGACUGUGACUGUGUUCACCGUCACCAAGACCCUCGAACAGGGCGCGACCAAGCUCCUGUACAAAUGGCAAAAGGUAGCCCCGAAGAUCGAUGACAGGCUCUACAUCAGAGUCAUGAUCCAGGCCUCGAGUGCCGACCUGACGGCGAACCGGACGGUGGUGACCUCCUACAACGCCCUCUUCCUAGGAGACCCGGACACCCUUCUUAGAAUCAUGGGUAAGCGCUUCCCCGAGCUGGGCCUGACACGGGCUGACUGUGUCAAAACGAGCUGGAUUGGAUCAGUCCUGUACAUCGCGGGGUACCCGAACACGACGGCCCCGGAGGUCCUCCUCCAGGGGAAGCCCCUGUUCCGAAACUACUUCAAGGCCAAGUCCGACUUUGUGAGGACUCCGAUCUCCAUGAAGGGGCUCUUGGGCCUGUGGAAGAUAUACCUCCAGGAGGAGAACCCGUUCAUGAUAUGGAACCCAUACGGUGGGGCGAUGGCCCGGGUCCCCGAGUCGGCGACACCAUUCCCGCACCGGUAUGGCACGCUGUUCAAGAUCCAGUAUGUGGCCACCUGGCAGGAUGGGACCCAGAGCAUGGCCAAGCACAUGAACUGGCUCACGAACCUGUAUAACUACAUGGGAUCUUAUGUGUCCAAGAAUCCUAGAGAGGCCUAUGUGAACUACAGGGACCUCGAUCUGGGCAUGAACAAGAAAGGUGUCAACAGCUUGGCGGAGGCAAGUUCUUGGGGUUUGAGAUAUUUCAAGAGCAAUUUCUACAGGUUGGUUCAGGUCAAGACCAGGGUUGACCCUGAUAACUUCUUUAGGCAUGAGCAGAGCAUUCCUCCUCUGCCCGUGAAGAGAGGGAGGUAGAGAGCAUUGAUUGGUCAGUGCGAGAUAUUGGACCUCUUCAUAGUUCGGUGGCUGGUGUUUGGUUUUUUCUUUUUCUUUUUUUUUUUUUUUUUUUUCGCACCAUUUGAUUUUGGGUUCCCCCCAUCAUUUGACUAACUGCGAGGCAGUGUGCACUAUGAGCUUACUAAGAUAAAUAACAGUUUGUCUCUGUCUGUCC